CCUCCAUCCUCCAGGGUUUCACUUGGGCAAGUGGUUGGGGGUCCCUCCCCCAUUUUUCCUGCCCCAUUUUCCUUCCCAGCUGCUCCCCGCUGGUGUCAGCUUCUCCCAUUGUUGUUUUCCCCACCACUCGUGUGCUGGGAGGACUUGGCAUGUGCCCACCAACACAGCAGAACUCCCUGGGGUGCAUGGGGACAAAAACCAGGGCAGAGCAGCUCCCAUGGGCCCCCCUAAUGGGGUCCCCAUCCCACUGCCCAGGGAGGCCGUGCCAGAUCCGGCAGCAGCGCAGAUCCCGCAGCAGCGGGGCUGGGCCCUUCCUGCGGCAGGAACCUCCCGAGGAGCCGUUUCCUCGUCGGGCGGCAGCGGGUCCCCUCCGCCACCGUCCCGUCCCGCGCCGAGGGGACAGGACGCGCCCCAGCACCCGGAGCUGCAGCGGGGGCCGGGCACGCACCCGCCGGAGCCCGGCCCCGUCUCUCGUCGAGGCGGCGGCGGAAACCGGGCGAGUCGGGACCGGCCCGGCGCGGGCACGAGCGGCACCGCGGGCGCGCACCCGCCCCAGCGCCGGCCGCAGGCAGAGGCGCGGAGAGGCCAUGGAGGCGGCGGAGCCGGCGGAGGAGGCGCUGGUGCUGGUGGAGUACGGCUUCGAGUACCGCGCCAAGGACGGCACCUUGGUCUCCAUCAAACCCAACGAGCGCUAUGUCCUGCUCAAACGCACCAACCCGCACUGGUGGCACGUCCGCAGGAGCGGGGACGCCCGGCCCUUCUACAUCCCGGCCCAGUACGUCAAGGAGCUGCCGCCCAUCGCUGCCCCAGCCCCGCUUGACCCUUCGCCACCGGGACAUGCUGCGACGGAGCCGGCCGCGCUCGUCCCUCAGCCCCCGCCAGCCUACGAGUAUCGGUUCAUCGGCGCCGCCGAGCCGGGGGAGCCGGCAGGAGGGUGCCCGGUGCCCAGGAGAGACUCGGUGCUCCAGAGAGAUUCUGUGCCCAGGAGAGAUUCGGUGCCCAGGAGGGACUCGGUGCUCCAGAGGGAUUCUGUGCCCAGGAGAGACUCGGUGCCCAGGAGGGACUCACCACCAUCACUCAGCUCUUUUCGGGUCCUGCCGGGGCUGACCCCGCACCCCGCUGAGCCUGUGAGACCUUCGCACUCCCUGGAUGACCUGGCGCGGGUGACACCAGCACCUCGCAGUGCCACUGCUGCCAUGGGGGCACGCGGGGACCCCCCAGGACACGCUCGGCCGCUCGGGAAGAGCCGCUCCGAGACCCUCUGCGCCUCCGGCAAGGACAGGGACGUGGCCAGGAGGUGGCCGGGGGCCGGCCCCGCAGCUCAGGCACACAAGGAGUCAGAGGAGACGCCUGAUCCCAUCUACCUCAACAUCCAGGAGCUGCGGGGAGAGGCCGCCGCCAGCUCGGCCCCAGAGGAGCCCGGCGGCUCCGUGUCGGACUGGGAAACCCACACGGACACGGACAGUGGACAUUUGUUUUAUUACAACCCAGUGACGGGCGAGACCACGUGGGAUUGUCCCUUCGGGCAGGCGGCCGAUGGAGUGAGUCCCGCCGCCUCUCCCGCCUCCUCGCUCGCACACAGCCCGGAGCUUCCCGAGUGGGAACAGCACGUGGACGAAGGAAGCGGACAGACUUUUUUCUAUAAUUCGGUGACAGGUGAGACGUCGUGGGACCCCCCCACUGCAGGAGACACGGGAAGCCCCCGGGAGAUCCCUGGGGGGACGCGGUACGGUGCCAUGGAGCACAGGCCACCCACUCCAGAAACGGAUUAUCCUGACCUGUCUCCAGAUGAGCUGGAGUGUUAUCCUGAGGAAGACUAUUCGCCUGUGGGCUCCUAUGACCAGGGGGCCUCUCUCUGCCUGUCCCCGAGGCGCCCCGAGGAGCUGGGCUCGUCCCCGGGCUGGUAUGGGCAUGGCCACCCCGAGGGACUCAUGUUCUACCCUGAGCACUUCGCCCCUGACACGGUGCCAUCAGGCGGCCGCCACGAGCGGGCCAGCAGCGGCUCCAGCCAGGACAGCGGGCUCUUCGCCUGGUACGGCGCCGUGUCACCGGCACCAGGCAGCAAGGAGGACAAGUUUAAAAGCCUCGAAAAAGCUGGGGUGCUCAACCGGACCAAGACAGUGGACAGAGGGAAGCGGCUCCGGAAGAAUUGGAGCUCCUCCUGGACUGUGCUGGAAGGGGGAAUCCUCACCUUCUUCAAGGACUCCAAGCACUCAGCUGCCAGUGCCUUGAGGCACCCCAGCACCCUGACCACCCCCGAGCACACGGUGAAGCUGCACGGGGCCACCCUCACCUGGGCCGGCAGGGACAAGUCUAGCAAGAAGAAUGUCCUGGAGCUGAGGACGCGGGAGGGCUCGGAAUUCCUCAUCCAGCAUGACUCAGAGCAGAUCAUCACCGCCUGGCACAAGGCCAUCGCCGACAGCAUCGGCCGGAGGGGCUCCGACAUCCCCGGAGAGGAGGAGGCCGAAAUUCGGGCUGAAUUCGGCUCCCGGGAGAGGCUGGGGGGCGGCGAGGAGCGGAGGGCAGCGGCCGGGCAGGUGACGGGCAGUGCCGAGAGUGACACCAGCCGAGUCCGGAACAAACUCCGCAAGUUCCUGCAGAGGCGGCCGACGAUGCAAUCCCUGCGGGAGAGGGGCUACAUCAAGGACCAGGUUUUUGGCUGCUCACUGCUGGCUCUGUGCGAGCGGGAGCGAGGGACGGUGCCACGCUUCGUCCUGCAGUGCAUCUGGACCGUGGAGAGGCGAGGUCUGGACAUUGAUGGGCUGUACCGGGUCAGUGGCAACCUGGCCACCAUCCAGAAACUGCGCUACAAGGUGGAGCACGACGAGCAGCUGGACCUGGAUGACGGGCGCUGGGAGGACAUCCACGUUGUCACCGGGGCACUGAAGCUCUUCCUGCGGGAGCUGCCAGAGCCACUUGUCCCCUUCAGCCACUUCGACAAGUUCAUCGCUGCCAUCAAGAUUCAGGACCUGUCCCUGCGGGGCCACUGCAUCCGGGACCUGGUGCUGUCCCUGCCACCCGCCCACCAUGACACCAUGAAGGUCCUUUUCCGCCACCUCUGCAGGGUGGUGGAACACAAGGAGGAGAACCGCAUGUCGGUGCAGAGCGUCGCCAUCGUCUUCGGCCCCACGCUGCUGCGGCCGGCCAGCGAGGAGGGCAACAUGGCCAUGCACAUGGUCUUCCAGAACCAGGUGGUGGAGCACAUCCUCAACCACUAUGGGUACAUCUUCCCUGACGGAUAGACUCUGGGGAUGAGCCUGGCAGUGGGGACUUGAUGGAGCAGCGUCUCCAGGAAGGACUUGGCCAUGUGUCACCUCGGUGGUGGCUCCAUGGAGGGCAGCACGGUGACCCGGCUCAAGGGAGGACACCCCAGGGGGUCCUCCUUGGCCACCCCAUCCCACCGGGGCCGGAUUCGGGGGGCUGAGCCCCAGGGGGUGUGUGGGGCUCGGGGGGUCCCCGUGGUCAGUGGAGCCCUGCAGUGCCCCCCUGGAGCCGGCAUUCCCGGUGGCAGCAGGGAGGAUCCGGCGGGCAGGGCCUGCUGGGCGGUGGCACCGGCGGGCAGAGAGGGGCCGGGCAGUGCCGUGGCUGCAGCCCCUGCCCCGAUCCCAAAUAAAGAGCCCAUGCAGA